UAGAUCAGAUUCAUUUUACAUCGAUCACAUCCGAUCACAUCAUCAACCCCGUCCGGACCAUCCAUCAUCAUCACCCUGUUGGACGCCAAAAGGACACUGCGCAUCGGCCACUCGACUCAUGGACGAGAGUCUACCCCUAUUACCAUCAAGCUCGGCCAUGGGGUCGGGCACGACUUCCACCUCGUCAAUUCACCGAAGAGAUAGGUACGGGCAACCUUCAUCAUCACCCUCGAUUGCGGAAGGACCGCCCCAUUUGUCUGACAACAUCACCACUCGACGACCAUCCCUCGCAUCCCCCUUGGGCGAAUUUCGCAAAGAUCCGAGUUCGCCUUGCAUCGUCUCGACCUCGCAACCACAACAACCAGCCACGACCGCGAUUGAUCCUCUCAUGUCGGACGAUUCUGGAUCUGAGCGUGGAGUCAAGAGGAGGAGGAGGUCGAGUGCAUUCGAGAGGUGUGAUGAGAUGAGGAGGAUGUCGAUGAAGCGAUCUAACGGAAGUGGAUCCUUCUCGGCCGGAACAGGCGGAUCAGCCGCGACGAGCGGCCGUGACGUCGAAGGUCCAGAUCGACCUCACGAACAAGAUGGAACGCAUCACCCGACGCCGACGACAAAUGUCACGGGAUCCCUCGUUUCGUCGACCACGUCGUCAUCAUCGACAACAUCAGCAUCGGCGUCGACCUCCUCACUCGUGCUCGACCUGCACGCCACGACCUUGUCAUCCUCCCCGCAACCACUGCCUCGACCUCGGACGCGACCACAACCCGUCUUCACAUGUCCUUUCACUUCGUAUACCAAGGACAGGCAAGACCAAACCCAACCUCACCCGUUACACUGCUCUGAAGAUCAUCCGCACGAGAUUUGCGGUCGAAAUCGACGGAACAGCAGUAUAUCCUCUCAAUACACAAGACGGGAUUCUGGAUGGUCCACCGCGGAGAGUCGACGUGGGACUCUGACGAGCGGAUUCUCUUCACCUUCGACGUCGACCUCGGCUGUCGACAUGACAUCGCAGCACAACAAACAAGAGUUCUCCAGAGUUUGGGCACAACGGGAGGUGGAAGGAUAAACAAGGGCUGGACGAGGACAAGGUGCAGAUGGUCAAGGCGUUGAAGGCCUCCGCGUCCAUCCAUCUGAAAUUCUCCCUCAUACAUCGCUCGUGGACGCCCCACGUGAUCAAGUCCCUAUACCGAUUUCCUCGAUUGACAAGCAAAGACGCCAUCGAAAAAUUCGAUCGGGCUAUACAAAACCCAUUAUCCCUGUGGGGUUCAGAACUGAUGCCAGACGGACAGAUCGGAGGUGUGCUAGGGUUCCG